AAAAAAGAAAAAGUAUUUCCCGAUACCUAAGCUGCAUUCGGGCGUUGAAAAAUAGUCCGGACGAAGACUCAGAACUCGCACACUCGACUGGUGUCGCAUGCUCGAACGCUCUCAAGAACCUGUAUCUCUUCGACGGCCGAUCAAAUUCGCAAUGGCGAGAAAAUUGGGGUUAAUAGCUGUACUACUAGCAGUAACGUCGAUCUAUGAAGCUGUUGCGAUAUUUCAUCCGAUCUCUGAAUCUCACCGGUCCGCCGCAUUAGAGCUGUUCUCUCCUGCCGCUGGAUCGUUUUCGAGCUUAGAAGAAGCCUAUGAAGCAUUAAUCACAUUUGAGGUCCUUGGUUUAAAGAAACCUGAAAUAAAGGACCACACAUGUAAUUCUGUGGUGGAUACUCUGUCUUCACCAUCUUUAAACUCUAAGGAUUUGCACCAUGCAUUCCGAGUUAAUGGGCUAUUGAAAUGCAAGAUCAGUACGGGAGAUUUAACGGGCAUUGUCUCAAGGCUUAAAGAUGCCGCCAAAGAUGCAACAACCCUUCUAGAUUAUUAUCAUUCAAUAGGAGGUUUGGUACUUAUUAAGGAUCAGAAUCCUGAAGUUGAUGUAUUUCUUGGGAAUGCUGAUGGGAUUUUACGCUCCAUAAAGGCUCUCAGUCAAAGUGAUGGAAGGUGGCGCUAUAGUUCUAACAAUCCUGAAUCCAGUACUUAUGCUGCAGGGCUAGCACUUGAAACCCUUUCUGGAGUUAUUUCAUUAUCAGCUUCUCCAGUUGACGAAAAUCUGAUUGGUACACUGAACAAGGAUAUUGUGAAACUCUUUGACAGCAUUAAGAAAUAUGAUGAUGGAGCUUAUUACUUUGAUGACAAACUCAUUGAUGCAAGUGGACAUCAAGGUCCACUUUCUGCCACCUCAGCAGUUGUUCGGGGGCUGACUACCUUUGCAUCCGCUUCUGGAAGUUUAAACAUACCCGAGGAAAAGAUUUUGGGUUUGGCAAGAUUUCUCCUUGGUAUUGGAAUCCCUGGCACUAGCAAGGACUUGUAUUACCAAAUUGACGCUCUUUCUUGCUUAGAAAACAAUAGGGUAUCAGUUCCUUUAGUUUUGUCACUUCCAGCUACAGUGCUCUCAUUGACCAGUAAAGAUAAACUCAAGGUCAAAGUGAACACUGUGUUGGGAUCUGCUGGUCCUCCUUUAUCAGUAAAACUCAUGCAAGUUUUCAGCUCCGGUUCAAAAGACGCUUCUGUCCUUAAACAGGAACUAAAUUAUGAUCCAAAAGAAGGAAUCCACACCAUGGAUGCCUUGCCAGAAGGUGUUGAUGUUGGGGAGUACAUUUUUGCUUUUGAGAUUGUCCUUUCUGAUCCAGAACAUAAGAAAAUAUAUGCAACUGGAGGCCGAACAAAAGUGCCAAUCCAUGUCACAGGAGUUGUUACAGUUGAUAACGCCAAAAUUGCAUUGCUCGAGGGUGAUGUUCUCGAGUCUGAAAUAAAGCUUGAUCUACCUGGAAAGAAUGACGUGGCAGUAUCAGCAAACCACCUUCAAAAGCUUCACUUAUCCUUUCUGUUGAAAACCCCACUUGGGAAACCAUUCAAGCCUCAUCAGGUGUUAUUAAAACUGAGGCAUGAAACUGGGGUCGAGCAUAUCUUCGUAGUUGGCAACUCCGGGAAACGGUUUGAGAUGACACUGGAUUUCCUUGGUCUUGUUGACAAGUUUUACUAUCUAUCUGGUCAGUACAACAUUGAGCUGAGCGUGGGUGAUGCUGUCAUGGAGAAUUCUUUCUUACAAGCUCUCGGGUAUAUCGAAUUAGAUCUACCCAAGGCACCCGAAAAAUCAACACACCCACCACCUCAACCCACUGAUCCUUAUUUAAGAUAUGGUCCCAAAGCAGAGAUAAACCACAUCUUCCGGGUCCCAGAAAAACGUCCUCCCCAACAGCUUUCUUUCACUUUCUUGGCUCUGGUUUUCGUCCCAUUCCUCGCAUUCUUGAUUGGGUUGUUACGUCUGGGUGUGAACUUGAAGAACUUCCCUACAUCAGCCGUACCUGCCACAUUUGCAAUCCUCUUCCACGGUGGCAUUGCAGCUGUCCUCUUGCUCUAUGUGUUUUUCUGGUGGAAGUUGGAUCUUUUCACCACGUUGAAAGCUUUGGGAGUGCUAGGGAUCUUCUUGAUGUUUGUGGGACAUAGCACUCUUUCACACCUUGCUUCCACAUCAGCCAAAAUAAAAUCGGCUUGAAUAAAAAAAGAACAAGAUAGAGAUACCAUUACAUAGAACAUGGCAGCAGAUUUUGGACCAUGAUUAUAAUUAGAGUUAUCAGAAUUCAGUUUUGACUUUGUAGUUUGAUCUUGUAUUGUUAUCUAACCAUAUUUGGAUAUUUUUUUCCAGAGUCUCAGGUCUAAUGUUACAAUUUUAGGAUUUAUCAUGACACAAGUUUGGUUUUUAAAAACAUUGCAAACUAGCUUUAUACAAAUACAAAUUAUUCCAAAUAUGAAUACAAAAUAUAGGGUACGGUAAAAUAACACGUUGUCUUUAG